CUUUUGUUGGCAACACCAUCUGCGUCGAGUACCCUGCUCUGUUAUUUGUGAAUCAAAAAACUCUUUGGCGCAAAGUAAAUAUAAAUCAAAAGCACGAUUAUUGUUCAACUUUUGAAAGCACGUCAGUUUUGAAAAUGAAAAUUAUGACCCAGAAACGAGCUGCGUUGUUACUGUUCCAACAUUUCAAUCGGAACAAAAUUACAGCAUAUGCUAGUCGUUGCAUAACCAAUACGACUGACGAUAUUUGCACCCAUACAGGACAAAAAUGGGAUUCUGAUGAUUAUAGACUUGCUAGAUUCAUGAAUGCCCCAAAACAUGUUAAUCAAAAUUGGGCAGUUAAAUUAAUUUCAGAAGUACCACCUAAAGAAGUAACUGAAAGAGUUGUUUGGUGUGACGGAGGAAGUGGGCCAGAAGGUCAUCCAAGAGUUUACAUUAACUUGGAUAAACCUGGUGAUCACUCAUGUGGGUAUUGUGGUCUUCGGUUCAUAAAAAAAGAAAGUCAUUAACAAAGUGGAAGAAAAUCCUAAUUUGUUAUUACAAAUUUGUUAGAAAUGAUAAAUAUGGAAUUUGAAAUAAAAUUAUAGUUAACUGAUCAA